AUGCACUUUGAAAGUUCAGGAACAACGAAGACGGAGACCCUUAGAAGCACUGAGCCAACAGACGAUUGUGUCAAAGACGGCGUCAAAGCCGUUGCUUCUGAGGCCGUCAAGCGCAGGCAACGUCUGUUCAUGGUGACAGGCGUCAAGAUAGCACGUGGUUCAGUCGGCUCAUUCUCCUCCCUAAGGCGUGUUGGGGGCGGUGCACGAGCUGGAUUUGGUGGUGAAAGCUUGGGCGUGCCAUUCGAUGGCGGACCGCAGUUCACCAUAUCCAGGGAUAUCUACGACGAAGAAACACAUGGCGAGUCGUCAGAUUUUGUCUUUGCAUACCGUGUCCGCCGGAUCGUUUAUCCUAAAGGAGGGUGGGAAUCGAUGCAGGCGGGAUCGAGCAUUGUGAAUUAUGGACGAUGCAAAACGGACGCGGGAGCGUCUGUUGCCAUUGGACCGAGCGCUUGGCCUUUCAACUCAAGGCUCGAGUUUUCUGAAUGCGAUGAGGCUGAGAUACCAGGUCCUCUGUUGGUCGUUUACCCAUCGACAUGGCAAGACGUAUGCGAGAGCGAGAGCAAGGGCAGUGUGCAUGACGGAAGAACUGAACACAAAGUGGCAGUGUUUCCGGAAGUUAGUGACUAUGCUAGGUCUUCAGGGGCAGGAAACAACGUUUCCUCAGAAAUCGAUGGGCCCAUACUUGGGGAUGAUCGUUUCGUGUUGGAGGAGUUCGGGCAUGAGGCCAACUUAAUACCUUUUGUUGACGACAGUUGGGAGGACGGUCUAUUUAUCUCUUUUCGCUUAUGA